AUGAAGACGAGAUGUGUUCGGUCGCCACGCUCCCAAGUCUGCGUGCGCUGCACCCGUCUGGGUUUCUCAUGUCAUUACAGCCCUCCCGGUCGUACCGGCCGACCGGCUGGAAGCAAGCAAAAGAACGCAACCAACCGCAACAAGCCAUCAUCCAGGUCCUCCUACGAAAAGUCAAAUUGGUGCAACACGGUGGUGCCGCUACCAUCCUGCACGGGUCCGCCGACUGUCAAUCCCAUCAUUCCUGGGCAAACAUCCCCAGCCCUGACUGCCCAGGAUGCCUUCCACUUGCAACUCCCCGUCAACUUCUCCGAGCUUGAACUGUUUGGCUCAGAGAGCUCAUUCAGCGACGGCGCAAACUCCAUGGUCUUCAUGGACGACCUAUUUCAAGACGUCAUGAGCAGCAGCAUGACCAAUAGCGCGUCAAAGCUCUCAGUAACGCCGCCUUCUACGGUGUCGCAGGAGCCGCUGGAGCAUAUAUUCUUUGACUCCGCCCCCUCUUCGAGCCACAACUCGGUGGCCUCCAUGGAAGUGGCCGAGUACGUGCUGCUGGAUGCCCAAGGGCAGCUACUGAACCUUGUGAGGGCUCUCUCGUCAUGCUCCAGCUUCCCACAGGACGUCGAGGAGAUUUACCGCAUCACCGACACCUUCGUGAAAGUGGUUGACGACAUCGCCGCGGGGCUGGACGCCUCCUCGUCGUCCGCGGGAAGCAGCUCCGUCACGCACAUGCUGCUGUCUAGCUGUUACAUGAGUCUCAUCCAGGCGUAUGAGUGUCUCGUCGGCCUACUUCGACGCGAAUUGGGCCCCCCUCCUCCCAAGGUCGACCGGCUCGAGCAGCAGCAGCACCUCGGCAUCCCGCCGACCGGGACGCAAAUCGCCGGCCCCCUCCCCUCCACCACGGCAAACAACGUGCCGUUCAUCAGCAGCGUGGGCAAUGUGCGCUUGGAGAUGCCCCAUCGAGCCGUGGCAGAGAUCAACCUGCAACUGGUGGGCCAGGCCGUGCAGCACCUCCAGGCCUCCAUCUCGCGAUGCGCGGCCAAGGUCCGGCCUGGAUUAGGCAUGGAGAAGGGCCGGUCGGUUGCUAGGUCAAGCUCGAUUUGCGCGUUUACAAAAAUGGCGAUGGUUGAGUUGGAGCAGCGUGAGAGUACGUUGUUUUCAGGCUUGCAGAUGCCCACAUUACAAUGA